UUUCAUUUGUAACGCAAUACAUAUUAUCUCGUGUCGAGUUGCGUGUUCUUAUCGAAGAAACGUAACCCGUAUCGAGUUUAAUUUUUAAAAAAAUCAACACUAAUCAUCUCGUGUUUAUAAUUUUCUUUUCCUUAUCUAGAAAAAUCCUAGGAUUCUGACUGAUCACUGUGAUGAAGGGACUGACUGUAACCUCGGUUACUGUGAUACUUUAGACCUUCUGAUUAUAUUGGUUAACGACAGACGCAAAAUCAUCGAGAACUGUGUACUCAGUUCGAAAAUAAUGACGGAAAGUGGACAUUUUUUUUUGAAUACUACGAACAUUUUUUAAGGGGACAAUGGUCGACAAUUUCAUGGGUAAAUUACCAGAAUCCCUGCGUGGUGCUAUUUUAACUAAAAGUCGCGUUUCUCUUGAUGAAACAAAUCUGGUAGUGUGUGGCUACAAUUUUGACAGUUCGCAUCAGGUUGAUUACGACAAAUUACUUUCAACGUACUCGUUGACAACUGGUUUUCAGUCGACAUCAUUCGGGCUUGCUAUCAAAGAAGUAGAAAAAAUGUUGGAAUGUAAAACAAAUUCGGAUCUGACGGAAGAUCAAAUUGAGAAGCAAAAGUCUAAUCCUAUACAGAGAGAACCAACUGGUUGUACUAUUUUCCUAGGGUAUACUUCAAACUUGAUAUCAGCUGGGACCCGUGAGACGAUUAAAUAUCUCGCUAAGCACAAUAUGGUAGAUGUUUUGGUCACGUCUGCCGGUGGAAUCGAAGAAGACUUCAUCAAAUGCUUGGCGCCAACUUUUGUGGGUAGAUUUGAUUUGAAAGGGGCGGAGUUGUAUGCGAAUAGCAUCAAUAGAAUUGGGAAUCUUCUGGAGCCCAAUACUAAUUACUGUCUUUUCGAAGAUUGGAUAGUGCCUCUUCUGGAUCAAAUGCUUAAAGAGGAACAGGAAGGCUUCAGAUGGACUCCUUCGAAAAUGAUCCACAGAUUAGGAAAAGAAAUAAAUCACGAGGACUCUGUUUACUACUGGGCGUACAAAAACAAUAUUCCAGUUUUCUGUCCCGCUCUCACAGACGGAAGCAUUGGGGACAUGUUGUUUUUCCACACGUUCAAAAACGAUGGUCGCUCUAUUAGAUUAGAUAUUACAGAAGACAUUCGAUUGUUGAAUCUGCAAGCGAUGAAAGCAAUUAAUUCCGGCAUGAUCAUUCUUGGUGGAGGUGUGUGUAAACAUCAGAUUUGUAACGCAAAUUUAAUGCGUAAUGGGGCAGAUUUUAGUGUUUUCAUUAACACAGCUUGUGAAUUUGACGGCUCGGAUUCGGGCGCUAGACCAGACGAAGCGGUAUCGUGGGGAAAGAUCAAAGCCACGGCGUCACCCGUUAAAAUAUACGCAGAAGCAACGCUAGUUUUUCCGCUUCUGGUGGCGCAAACUUUUUUCAAAUACAAACAUCACUUUGAGAAGAAUCAGGAAACUGCAGAUUCGAAUUCGUCAGGCUAGAGAAGCUAUGAGUUUAUAUUUGCGGGUAGCUGUGACUCUACUGCUGAGAGUUUGCAUUAGAGAGACGAGUGCUGCUAAUUUCUCGGAGCCUCUAUAUUGGAUGGGUUUGAGAGAACAUUAUUCUAUCGAAUUAACUUAUCUGAUGUUUCAUUUGACCUUACCUGAACUAUUGUAUAUUGUUCAAAUUGAUAAUUGAUAUGACGUUGACUAAAAUUAUCGCGUAGCUGCUACACGUGAAAGUUGAAAGAUAUUCCACGUGUUCA